AGCCUGAAAUUUUCAGUGUGUGAUUUUAACCUUAGUUUUGAGUAUGUUUAGCCUGACCAGCUCUUUGCCUUCAUUCGCUUGUGCCCUGAUGUUGUGGGCUUUGUUGUCACCUCCAAUGGUCCAGGCCUGCCAAGGAGACAAAUUACCGCGUGACAUGGUGCUUGGCUGGCUGAAAAGUCGGAUCCUUGACGGUUUGGGGAUGGAUGAGCCUCCUCUGCCAGUGCUUCAGCUGCCAACACAGCAAGCGGUGAACAAAGUUGUGCAUCAUGUAGCUUCACGAAUGACUAGGGAGAUAAGAGUGGAAAGAAGACACCAUCAGGAGUCCUCACAGGUCAUUCUGUUCCCAAGCUCAGAGUCUACAUGCAAGGACAUGCCUGAUAACUCCUCUGAGGCUGCAUCUGGUUACUUUACUUACUACUUUCAGCCCUCCCUGGACAGCCAGGACUCCAUCAUCACUUCUGCCAACUUCUGGUUCUAUGCUGGAGAGGCCAUUGCUUCUAGCAACAUUUCAGCGCCCCUUUUCAUUCUCACCCCUUACCAUGAGCUGCUCCAAGCAACUGUAAGUCCAGUCAAACAGAUAGAAAUCUCCUUCGAGGACCUUGGCUGGGAUAACUGGAUUGUACAUCCUAAAGCCUUCACCUUCUACUACUGCCAUGGCAAUUGCUCCAGCGCUGAGCGCACUACUACCAUUCUUGGCAUCAACCAGUGCUGCGCUCCUGUUCCAGAGAGCAUGAAGUCUCUCCGUUUCACCACCACCUCAGAUGGGGGAUACUCAUUCAAGUAUGAGACCCUGCCUAACAUCAUACCAGAAGAGGGUCACCCUUGGCUCUUUCGUGGUGGUUACUUUACUUACUACUUUCAGCCCUCCCUGGACAGCCAGGACUCCAUCAUCACUUCUGCCAACUUCUGGUUCUAUGCUGGAGAGGCCAUUGCUUCUAGCAACAUUUCAGCGCCCCUUUUCAUUCUCACCCCUUACCAUGAGCUGCUCCAAGCAACUGUAAGUCCAGUCAAACAGAUAGAAAUCUCCUUCGAGGACCUUGGCUGGGAUAACUGGAUUGUACAUCCUAAAGCCUUCACCUUCUACUACUGCCAUGGCAAUUGCUCCAGCGCUGAGCGCACUACUACCAUUCUUGGCAUCAACCAGUGCUGCGCUCCUGUUCCAGAGAGCAUGAAGUCUCUCCGUUUCACCACCACCUCAGAUGGGGGAUACUCAUUCAAGUAUGAGACCCUGCCUAACAUCAUACCAGAAGAGUGCAACUGCAUCUAACACUCUGCCGUGGCUUAGUUUAAGAUUAUCUGUAAA